AUGUCCAACUUUGAAAAAGAAACAAAAUCAACCAACAACACGAAUUUAUCGGAAGAAGCAAUACGAACGCCUCGACGUCGAGAGAUUUUCAUGAACAAUAACAGUGAUCAUCAUAGUAACAAUGAUAGUAAUAACAAUCAUAAUCAAACGAGCAUGGCUAUAACGCAAGAGGAUCAUCGGAUGCAAUCAUCCUUCAUUGAAGAAGAAAUUAAUUUUGAUGAGAAUCAUGAUGAAACGCGAGCAUCUUCACCAACGCUUUCCGAAAAUGACGAUACAAAUAGCAUUAUUAUUGAUGAGAGUGGAGAUGUUAAUUUAGAUGAAUCAUCGGAUGAUGAGAAUUCCAUGAUGAUUGACCAUGAAUUAUUAUUACCAAAUGAGAGCAAUCAUCAAAAUAAUAAUAAUAAUUUGACUUCGGAUUCUCGUCAUGAUGAUCCACACGUCACGAUACAUAUAAAACAAGAAGUACAAGAAGAAAUUGAUUUAAAUGAAGAGAGUGUUGCUACUACUCCUCUGCAAAAUGCAAACACAACUGAAUCAAUUUCAAAUCACGACAACACAAUUACAACUCAUCACAAUGAAGAAGAAGAAGAAGAGAUUGACUUGGGAGUAGUUGAAGAAAUAUCAGCUAUCAAGUCCUCUCCUGUGUUGGACACACCAUUUUCGCCACGAUCCGAUCACGAAACAAGAAAUUCUCGACAAGACAGCAGUGGCUUAACACAACAACCAUCACCAAACUUUUCAGAAAGUAUCAUUAUGGAUGAAGAUAUUAAUUUGGAUGAACCAAUAACAAUCGAUGAGGACAUUAAUUUGGACUCUGAAUAUUCUGAAAAUGAAAAUGCACCACAACAAGACCAAGUUGAAACAUCAAUCAGCAUUAAAGAGGAGACAUUUGAUGAAGAUUUGGAUUUAAACGAGUCUCAGACAGAAUUAACACCACCAAUGGAUAAUAAUAAUGAAAUUGAAGCAAAAUUAACAACAACAACAUCCUUAGAUUUUCAAUCUGAUCAGCAAGACAAGAAUGACAUGAAGGAUGAUAUUGAUCUAAAUAAUGAUCAAUCUUUACAGAAUUCACCUCUUCUUCAAAGUUCAAAUACUUGUGCACAAGAUGCUGACACAACUCUCAACGAAGACACAGUUUUCGAUGAGACAUGA